GGGAAGUUUUGCCGAAAUAUGACACUAGUAAUUCACCAUUGACGCCCAAAUCAAAACCCUUUCUUACUUACGGCUCCUGCGAUUCUCUCUAACCUUAAAGGUGUAGUUGUCUAGGGGUGUUAUGGCAUCAAAGCUGAAUACUUUACGUUCAAAGGCGGCUGAAGUCUCAAAACUUUUAUCCGAUCAUGGAAGCACCUACUACAAGCAGACACUUGAGAAGAAUAAGCAAUACAUUCAGGAUCCACCAACUAUCGAAAAAUGUCAGGAAUUAUCCAAUCAGCUACUUUACACUCGUCUUGCCAGUAUCCCCAGGCGCUACGAUGCAUUCUGGAAGGAAUUGGAUCAUGUGAAGCAACUAGUAAAGACAAGGGAUCUUAAAAGGGAAGAUAUGGGUGUUGCUGCUCUUUUUGGGCUUGAGUGUUUUACAUGGUUUUGUGCUGGAAAGAUAAUAGGCCGGGGAUGUACCAUUACUGGUUACUAUGUUUAACUUCUGCAACCAAGGUUAGCUACUUGCCAAUGUGCUUCAGGAUAAUAAGAUAGACUGCUUAAGUGCUUAGAAACGUAGUUUUUCUUAGGGAGCGGAUCAAAUUCACCAAACCAUGUUUUGUUAUAACUAAUGUGUCAACCACGGCCAAAUAAUCUGAAUUUUGUUAACUUUA